AUGAUGUGGGGAAACUGGACAAUUGUCAGUGAGUUUGUCCUUGUGAGCUUUUCAAACUUAUCUCCUGAGCUACAAGCUCUACUAUUUCUCCUGUUUUUGACUGUUUACCUGGUUACCCUAAUGGGGAAUGUUCUCAUCAUCCUGGUCACUACAGCUGACUCAGCUCUACAAAAUCCUAUGUACUUCUUCCUCAGGAACUUGUCCUUCCUGGAGAUAGGCUUCAACUUGGUCAUUGUGCCCAAGAUGCUGGGGACUCUGAUCAUCCAAGAUACAACUAUCUCCUUCCUUGGCUGUGCCUCUCAGAUGUAUUUCUUCUUCUUCUUUGGGGCUGCUGAGUGCUGCCUCCUGGCUACAAUGGCAUAUGACCGCUAUGUGGCCAUUUGUGACCCUUUGCGCUACCCAAUCAUUAUGAGCCGCAGGGCCUGUGCCCAGCUAGCAACUGCCUCUUGGUUCUCAGGGUUUCCAGUGGCCACUGUGCAAACCACAUGGAUUUUCAGCUUCCCUUUUUGUGGCCCCAACAAAGUGAACCACUUCUUUUGUGACAGCCCCCCUGUCAUUGCACUGGUCUGUGCUGAUACCUCUCUGUUUGAACUGGAGGCUCUGACAGCCACUGUCUUAUUCAUCCUCUUUCCUUUCUUGCUGAUCCUGGGAUCCUAUGUCCGUAUCCUUUCUGCUAUCUUCAAGAUGCCCUCGGCUGAGGGGAAACGCAAGGCCUUCUCCACCUGUUCCUCCCAUCUCCUGGUUGUGUCCCUCUUCUACAGCACUGCCAUCCUCACAUACUUCCGACCCCGGUCCAGCACCUCUCCUGAGAGCAAGAAGCUGCUUUCACUCUCCUACACAGUGGUGACUCCCAUGUUGAACCCCAUCAUCUACAGCUUAAGGAACAGUGAAGUGAAGUCUGCACUGAGGCGAGUCAUCCGCAGGACCCUGGGCCCUCACAAACUCUGA